CGGGGCUUGUGUCCAGCUCGUGCAGUUACCAGGUAGACUUUAUACCUGGACGACUCAGCCUCAGUAAUUCGCAGCAGAUUUUUUCCCUUUUUUUUCUUUUUUUUUUCUUUUUUGGGAAAUACACUUUUUUUUUUUUCAAUGAUGCUUCGUAACAAGAUGCCGCCUGACAUGGAGGACGUGCCCCCCAGCCGCCGGGCGGACUCCCCUGCCGGGACAAGGUGCCAGGACACGGCGGAGGAGGCGAGCUCUCCAACCUCCUCAUUCUCUUCCUCCACGGGGUGUAAUGCAAAGGACAUCUGCCAAGAUGCAGCGUUUGUUCCGACAGUCACCGCAAUUUCCUCCAGCCCAGAUUUUCAGUGGAUGGUCCAGCCUACAAUCAUUACAUCCGUCUCCUCGUCUCCGGGCAGCAAGCAAGCCAAUCAGGCGCUGCAGAGCUCUGACCAGGCGACACCCAAAGAGGGCAGGAGCAAGGGGAAAAAUGUGGCGAGGAAGGCAAAAGCAGAACAGCUGUCUCCAGAGGAGGAGGAGAAGAAGAGGAUACGGAGGGAGAGGAAUAAAAUGGCCGCGGCCAAGUGUCGCAACAGACGGAGGGAACUGACGGAUACGCUGCAAGCUGAGACGGACACGCUGGAGGAGGAAAAGGCAUCCUUGGAGACAGAAAUAACAAACCUCCUCAAAGAGAAGGAGCGACUGGAAUUGAUCCUCGCCGCGCAUAAACCGCUGUGCCAAAUGUCCGAGGACAUGGAGACCAUUUUAAGCGAGUCCACCGGAUCGCCGGGAGUCGCGUCCAGUCCGGAGGAGGACAGGCUUCUGGACGACAGCACUCAGGAAGCUCCUUCGCUCCUCCAGGACAUGGACAUCCCGAGUGAUCCGGCCACAGCCAUCUCCGGGAAUUCCGACAUCCUCUUGUGCGCCAGCGCCGAGAUCCACAUCUGUGACCUGGAGCCCUCUCUGGACAUGAAGGAAGGGCUCAUGCACAACCUACUGCCAACUUUGGAGGACAAACCCCCCACGGAGACGGCCCGGUCCGUUCCGGACAUCGAUCUGAGCAGCUCCCUCGGGGUCUCUGACUGGGAGACCCUGUACAAGUCAGUUUCUAAUGACCUGGAGCCUCUCAGUACCCCCGUGGUGACCUCCACACCCACCUGCAGCAGCUACCUGUCCGUCUUCACCUUCGCCUGUCCCGAGCUGGACUUGCUCACCGAGGGUCUGGACAGCCAUAAAGGGGGAGGAGGAGGUAAAGCAGAAUCUGUUGACCUCCUCAACUCUCCAACUCUGCUGGCCUUAUAGAAGGAAGGUCUGGUGGGAACCAUUUGCAGGCUCCUGACUUUAGCUUGAGGAUCCCACAUAACCAACAGAGUGAUGUAGCAUGGCAUUUAUUUUGACAGCUCUCCAUUUAAAUGCAUGCAUUUUCAAACCUAAAAAAAAGAAAUACAUGUGUAUGUAUGUAUAUAUAUAUAUAUAUAUAUAUAUAUAUAUAUAUAUAUAUAUAUAUAUAUAUAUAUAUAUAUAUAUAUAUAUUGUAUAUUUAUAUCAAUAUAUGAUCUGUUAUAGAUCUAGUAUGUUAUGUGAGAUUUGAUGUGAUUGUGUGGUUUUGGUGUCAAUAGUAUAUUGAUUGCUAUUAAUGAUGUAUUCACACACACAAGGCCGACUCCUGGCAUAAACACUCAAUCUUGUCUUGGGCCUCAAAAACACAUUCAUGCUUACCUCAAUGUCAUCGACUGUGGUUUGACCUCAUUGUUGAGAAAGUUUUCCAUGAAAACAUCCAGUGCUUAUAUACUAUAUAUCUGUCAAGAUGUAACUUAUGAUUUAUUUUUAUACCUAUUUGUUAAAAGAGUGAGAUGAUAGAGCAUUAAGUGCUUAUUAUCUUUGCUGCAGAAUAACAACCACAAUAAAUUUACACUGAGUUGUC